GGCUGCCAAAAAAGUCCCUAAGGAUCUUUUGAUCAAUUUGGGGAGGUUCCAUCCAUCAUUAAAAUCAGACUUGAAACUGCUAUAUGGAGAGCUAUUUUGUGAUGUUAUUAUGGAAUGAUAUGCUCGAUCAUUAAGAACUUAACAUAGAUAGCAAUUUGUUUGAAAAUUGUGUUUGAAAGCUGCUCUUCGAACGGAUCUGUCAAAGCCCAUUUUUGCAGAUUUCCCCUUUCUUCCCUGAACUGAAUCUACCCGAAACACCCGUUCGAAUUCGAAUCGUUUCUCCCUCCAAACCCUAAACUCGCAUCCAAAGCUGCCGCACGCCGGAGGCACUGCAAAUCCUCCUCCGGCAGCGGCGUCGGGCAUUCCUUUUUUUUUUUUGGUGGGCCCUUAUGUAGUACGCGCUGUUUCCUUCUUCUCGGCUCCUCUCGUACUCAGUCUACUACCUGCUGCUUCGCUUGUACAGAUCUGUUUCGAGCUUGACCGUCGUCACCUUCAUUUACCGGGAGAUAAGAUUUCAUCACUGGAAGAUGGUGUUAAUGAUUCCUGCUGGGCGAUAUCGAGCAGCCCCACACCCCUGAAGACUGCCUGCCUCCUCUUCGCGGCUCUUCUACGGAGAAUGUGGUGACAACAUCAUCAUUUGAAGAUAGAGUUUUCAUCCUUCUUGAAGCUCUAAGUUGUUUUUAAACAUGAAUAAGCAAGCUUCAAUUGUUCCUAGCUAUGGGAACAACAAAGGGCCAGUCACACGAGCUAAAACUGCUGCCAUGGCUUCUCAAGGCAGGAGACUUCUGCCAAGGCCACCGCUAAUACCUGAUAAAAAACAAACAAAAGUGAGAAGAACAAAGAGAGUGACUUCAGAAGAGAACAAUCAUACUGCCCCUUACGUUGUGAGUUCACAGAACAAAAAGCGAGCAGUUCUUAAGGAUGUCUCCAAUGUAUGCUGUGAGAGUUCUUACAGAAAUUGCGUGAAUCCAGUAAAAAUACAGGCCAAGGCUUGCACGCAGCAAGUACGACCCGAAAAUGUUAAGGCUAAAACAAGGUCUGACCACAAAGAUUUAAAAUAUACCCCAGCCAUGUCUUCUAAUUUUGAGCUGCAUGAUGAUGGAAACGACCGAAAAUGUAAAAAACAUGUAUCAGAGAGUUUAUUCGAUCGAGAGAGCUCAUUUACUUCUGCAAAUUUGGAUGGGGCUAUGCUAAGAGAGACUAAAAUGGAAGGAUGCGUAAUGGAUGUUAAAGGCAUCCUUUCUGCGGAUCAGGACAGCUCAAAUUGCUUGGGUAUUCAUGAUAUUGAUUUGGACAUUUCAAACCCUCAAAUGUGCAGCCUCUAUGCAAAUGACAUAUAUACUAAUCUACGAGCUUCUGAGCUUAUCUGUAGGACUUCUUCAACUUAUAUGGAAACCUUGCAACGAGAAAUCACUCAAAGCAUGAGAGGCAUCUUGAUUGAUUGGCUUGUUGAGGUUGCUGAAGAAUAUAGACUUGUUCCAGAUACACUUUAUUUGAGUGUGUAUGCCAUUGAUAGUUUUCUAUCUGAAAAUUGUAUUGAAAGACAAAGGCUGCAACUUCUGGGUGUAACAUGCAUGUUGAUUGCAUCCAAGUACGAAGAAAUUUGUGCUCCUCGUGUGGAAGAGUUUUGCUAUAUUACAGAUAACACGUACAACAAAGCAGAUGUACUCAAAAUGGAGAUUGAAGUACUGAGCCACUUGGAUUUCCGAUUGUCUGUUCCCACUAUUAAAACAUUUUUAAGAAGGUUCCUCAGAGCAGCGCAAGUGUCUUAUAGUGUUCCUUCACUUCCUUUAGGGUACAUGGCAAAUUAUUUGUCAGAGCUUACAUUGGUCGAAUAUAGUUUUGUAAAGUUUGUUCCUUCUGUCAUAGCUGCAUCUGCUGUCUUCCUGGCCAGAUGGACAUUGGACCAGUCUGAUCAGCCUUGGAAUUGCACUCUCCAGCAUUACACCUCAUACAAAGCUUUAGACCUUAAAUCUGUAGUUCUCCAAAUGCAUUAUUUGCAGCAGAAUUCCUGUAACUCCCCCCUCAGCGCUGUCCGGGACAAGUACAUUCAAGAGAAGUAUGAACGGGUGGCUUGUAGAGUUUCUCCAGAACUUCCAGACUCGCUAUUCUUCUGAUACUUUUUGGUUUGGUUUCUACCUAUGAACUGAGGAUUUCUAGAAAAAUUAUGGAUGGAAUAGCUUCUCUUUAUUUUCUUAAAUUUUAGUUAGUCUUUAUUCUUUUGAUCAACGGAGGUUGAAGUUGUUGCUGACCCAAAUCAAAGCCUCAUCCAAAGAGAGAGGCUUUGUAGCACAGAUUACUGGUUAGCUCUCUUACUGCCAGUUAAUGGCCAGCUAUAGCUGUUUAAAUUGUGCUUCUCUUCUCCACUUCUCAUUGUAUUUCAUCCAUGAAUUUGCUUAAGAUUACUUAAAAAUUAGAUCAUUUUUUGACUUCAA